UGACACUUCGGCAUCACCUUGGCCACGUGUUGUCAUUCACAAAAUAUGUCCCCAUAACUGCCCCUUGAGUUCUAUUACCUCGGCAUCCUGAGGUGAUGGAACCUACAUCAUUUGUCCACAUAUCAUGUCGGCUAAGACUUCCCAUGACCAAGACUCAGCAGUAUACUGUAUCAAUGAUCAAGAACCAAGAACCAAGUUCUUCAAGUUCCUUAACUAAGAUCACCCUUCUAGCCGAGGUUUUUGCUUCAUUAAAUCAAGAACUCCAAGAGUUUUAUCUGCGCAUAAGCUGUUAUGCACGGUUUUCUCAACUGUUUUCGCCACGCGUCCUUCUCUCAUUGAUUGGUACCAGACAUGCGCUAUUAGGUCGCGUCGUUCUGCACAUGCUGCCUGACAGACAUGUCGUCCAAGGAAUAUCAUUUAUGGUUUGUCGUCUUUUCACAUUUUAACAAAACUUCUCCAUCUCUCUCCGUUUCUUUACUUUUGCAAAAACAAUCUCUCUCUCUGCUCAGAGCCUUUCUUUCUAAAAAUUUCCUAAACCGCCAUUUUCGUACCUUCAAAGCUCUCUGCAAUCACUCCGUUUACCUCCUUCGGCAAAGCAUUUAUUGUCCUGCUUCACUCGUCGUCCCCGUCUGACUCCGCCGAAACUCAAACCGGUGUCCUCAAUCUCGACCCCAACCAGUGAGUUCUUUAUUUCUUUCGAUUUUAGUUUCAGUCUUUCAUUACUCUGCAUAUAUUCCUUGCAUGCCUAUUUCGUUGCUGUUGAAUUUGUUUUUAUGGUUGUAUUCUGUUUCUUCUUUGAUCAUGAAUCAAUUUCCCAUUUCUUUGGAUUCUUCUGGUACCUUGAGCUUCGUUACUGCAUUUACUUGUGAUUCGUACUAUUUAAUCUAUCUCUAGGUCUAUAUAUGUACAUAUGGACUGCUCACAUGCAUGAUGUUUUAGCAAUUUGUCACUGUUCUUUGGCUUUUGCACAUCUGCACAUGCUCACAUAGUGUUCUUGAAUUUCUGUUUGUUUUCUUGAGUCUGAAUCAUUGCUCUUUUCUAUUUUUUUUGCUUAUUUCCAGAUCUUUCCCUUGGUUUCCUAUUUCGGUAUAGAGCUAGGUUUGGGAUUUGUAUAAACAACAUUCCUUAGGAAAAUUGAAAUAAACUCCCCUAGAUCUUGAAAAACCCUUGCCUCAGUUCCUGUUUAGGGUUUAGCCGAGGUCCUUCAAACCCACACCAACCACUCUCCUCUGAAAUCUUGCACCUCAUUUCUUUAGCCGACAUCAUGGGUAUGUUCAGGUGGAGGGUAGAUACCUUAGAAAAACUCGGAUACUUCCGUCGAGAGUUCUCUAUCCCAGCCGAUGUCCACCUCAGGUUGGCUAGGGAAGAGGACUCCAUCAUGCCUAGUGGGGAUUCCAUACCUUUCCCAGUAGUAGCCUUUAUAGAGUGUGGAUUUCGAUUUUCCCUAGACAUUCUCUUUAGGGAGGUCCUUCACUACUAUAAGCUCAAUCCUAUACAGCUAGCCAUCAACUCAUAUAGGGUCAUCAAUGGUAUAAUUGCUCUAGCUAGCCAAGAAAAUGCUAGGAUAACACUAGCCGACAUUCAAUAUUAUUAUACCAUGUGUGGCCUAAAAUUUGAAAAAGGCUAUAUUUAUUACCUCAAGCCAAGAUCCACAGCCUACAAACUCAUAGCCGACCUCCCAGACUCCAACAAAGGUGCUGGAGAUGAUUACUUCAUGGUCUCUGGCAACUGGGAAUUUGCACCUGACGACGACCUUCAUCUCUAUCCUUUGCGCUAAUCGCUGUUUAAAGAGGAUGAGGCUCUCCCUCAGCCAUCAAAAGAUUUUCGCAAAACCUUUUUCCCCAAUAAAGACCUUAAGAAGCUGCUAGGCUUGCCAGUUGACCAGCACAAAGCCCCUUUGCUGCUCAAUUAUAUUCCAACUUACAAGUCCGCACCGCCCGACGUCCCCAAGAAGAGCAAGACCCCUCAUUCUGCUAGAACUCCACAAGCUAAACGAUCAUCAAGGCCAGAUCAGGGAUCUACCUUUGGUCCUGUGAAGCAACCGUUCACCUCUGCUCCCAAAUUGAUUGCUCCACAUCAACGCCAACGUCGUCGCCAAGUUCUUGCCAACGCUCUGACUGGGAGGACUCGAAGUUGCAGACGCCGAGGUUCUAACACACCGGUGUUCGACCCAUCUAAUCCUCCUACUGCCCUUCCAGCAAUACACUUUGGCAUUAAAGUUACAGUUGCUUCCACUGCCGGCGAGAUGGGCCGCAAACUGGCAGUUGUUAAAGACCUUCUCGCCAAUAUCCCCGGGGUUAUGAUGAUGCAAUCCUCAUCCUCCCUAUCCUAGCCAAACCCGAAGUCGAAAAGAGUGAAGAAGGCCAAGGUUAAGGCCAUAAUAACUCAGAUUGAUUCUGAGGACAUUGUACCAAUUUCCAAACUAGCCGUGGCUGAAAAAAGCACCCCUUCUGCCGAAAAAAAGCCAGUUGAGGCCCCAUCAUCCAAUGCCCCACCAGCUAAAAAGCUAAGAUCCGACCACCCUAAAGGUAGCAGCUAUCGCCGCACCAUGACCUGGGUGCCCGAGGUUAUGGUGGACGACAGACCCUUAACAGCCGGUGACAGCACAGCGAAUCUUGAAGUCGGCGCAACCCUGUCAACGGCUAUUCUUUUACCAAAAAACUUGAACUGUAUGGCUGAGUUGCAUAAAUAUGAGAACUUCGCUCUUAUGAUGCAGCACUCGGUCUUGGCUAUUCAGCAUGCUCAAUCAUAUGUUGUCAAGACCAAGAUGACAAGGAAGAAGUUGGCAAGAAAGACCAAGGAAGCUGCCAAACUCCUAUCAUCACUCAAUAAUGCCGAGGCUAACAAUCGAGCUCUAUUGGAUCAGGCUGAGGUUGCCAAAGCUGCUGAGAAUUUAGCUAAGGAAAAAGCCAAAUUGGCUGAAGAUAAAGCCGAGGUCACUAGACCCGGUCUUGCGGCUGCCAAGGCCAAGGCAGCUGACUUAGAGGCUAAGCUUCAGGAGGCCCUUGACUCAAAGGAGGCCGAAGUCAAUGCGGCCGAUGAAAAAACUUUUGAAAAGGGGCAAGCCGCCGUCCGCGACCAAUACAAACAGCAAGUUAACCUGGCUUGUAACCGAGGUUACUACCUUGGUUAAACAGCGGCGCUCAACAAGUUAUCUGUUCCCAUAGACUCUAACCUCAGAGACAUCAAUCAGCUUCAAGUGUCUUUCCCUCCAGAGCUUGAAGAUGAUGCCGAGGAUGGUGAAGUUGAUGAAGUAGAUGAGGAGGCUGCCACUGAUGCCAAGUCUCCCACCCUCAAUGAGCAAAUAGACUUGACUCAAGAUGAGGAGAAUGACUUGAUUUCCAAGGGCAUCUCUCCCAAACCAACCACAUCUGAGGCCGAAGUCCAAUGCGCCGAAAAGAGUCUGGAUCAGACUUUGCUAGAAAUUGGCGCCAAGAUAACGGUCGAAAAAAAUGCAACACCGCCCGCCGAGGUGGAAAGAUAUCAGAGAUCAAUCCUAGUACUUGGGAUAUUUCAUCUUUACUUUGUACUUCUAUUUUGUCUGAACAAUGUUUAGCUUGCAAUUUGGCCGAAGCGCCCUUUUUGUAAUUUUGAACAAGUAAUCUUUUGCAGGGUGAAGUGCU